GCUUUGUUGUGCGUUUCUUAUUCGUCGACAUUUUGUCUUGGGAAAAUGCUGUGCGAACCUGGAGAACCUCCAGUGCAUGCUGACUGAUGAGUACAUGUUACCUGGCAUCGCCAUCCACUGAACCAGAGAGACUUGAACACGGCGAGCUGAGAGUUAGGUGGAAACGAAAUGUCGGAGAGUGCAUUGCUUUAUGUGUACCACAGUACAUCUUAAGGGAGUGUGUCGACUUCCGAGCGAAUUUAGCAACUCGUCACUUCCCAUCAAUCGCCAUGCGGUGGCAUUUAACCCUAAUUCUGACAGUUGUGAUUUCUGUCGCUUUGGUCGAAUCGGGAGAAAAGGAUUUUGUUGGCAAACUCCAUUCGAUUGCACAACGGGAUGAAUCGACAGAUGAUCCCGAUCCGGAGUUUAACAUUAAACAAAAUGCCAUGAUUUGGCUCGACCGGAUUGAGCGAGAGGGUUUUCAAGACAGCUGCAGUGUGUCAUAUAAGAAGAUAGAGGCGAGAAAUUUGAGCGCAGUCAUUGUGUCACCAAUUGAUUGCCGGCAUCCAGAAGCCAGACGAGACUACGAGUUCAAGGGCCCGGUCGAUUUUGAUGGAUAUCCCCAUGGCUAUGGGAGCAUGCUAUUCGGGCGUACACCCAAGAAGAAGCCCGAACAAUGUCUACGAACCAAACAACUGUUUGGAGAGGAUGUGCAAGAGAUCAGAGGCAACUUUGUGUAUGGAUAUCCGGAUGGGAAGUUGUCGAUUACACUGGCUAAUCAGGUCGAAACGGAGAUAUUCUUUAGCCAAGGCAUUCCCCAUGGGCCUUACAAGAUCUCAAUCGAUUUCGGCAAACCCACUCAUGUCUUCACCGUCGGUGCCGUUUACAAUGGUCUACAAAAUGAUCCGUGCUGGAUCGUGACCGAGACUGAGAUUCGAUAUGGAAACUGUUCCCAGCCUUUUGUCUUUGAAUCGACCUCCUCGCUGACUGUCGUUUUUCCCAGAUCUCUACAACAAGAUUUCGUCCCGGUUUCCGGACAGGUUAAAGAGAACACAUUGUCACCCGCUUUUGAUGCGACUCUGUUGAAUUUGAGGGGCUACGGCAACUGCUCGCGCAUACUUGCUAGUGGCAUAUACCCCCACGAGUUCGUCUAUGAUCUGACCACCAAAGAACGGAUGUUCCGAUCGCUUGAAUGGCAUGGGAUUUGCCCAGAUGAAGAAAUCCAUGGUAGGGACAAAGCUGCCCAGGGUUUCAGGUCGUACCUAAGUAGAUUGACUCAUCAGUUCAUUCUUGGCCAGCCAUUCGACGAAGCUACCUUCAAAUCCAAAAAAGGUCGUAAGCUGAUCACCAACCUUGAACAAAUCGAACAUAAUCGUUAUGAGGCCGUUCUCAACCUAGAAAAGCCCCACAUCAUUGAGUUCAGAUACUUUGGACCCAGAGACGCCGAGGACAACUUUCACGGUUAUGGAGAGAUUCAGAUAAUAGCUAAGAACACUUGCUAUCGUGGGGUUUGUGAAAUCAGCAAGUUCACGCGGUUGUUCGGGCACUUUGGGCGUGGCAAACUCCAAGGACCAUUUUCAAUCAUUCACCGGUCUCAAUGGCAAUCAACGAUGGGUUUGGCCAAAGACGGCAUCAUCCACGGCUUGGUGGCCACCUUCGGUUUGGUUCCAGUGUGGCCUUACGUGUUCUCGAAACAAAAAGCGAAAGAGUCUGCCAGGCUCUACAUGCAUUCUGGAAUAGGAAUGUUGGCUUGGUUUGACAACGGGAGGGAGAAGACUGAUUUCAUUCUUCGGGGGACGGUCGCUGAUCCCAAAUCACCCGGUUUCCUCUACGGGUCCACGACUAAAGGCACAUGGAAUAUUACUGGAGAUCAUACGGCUUGGCUCUACCCCUACUACGUUUCUGCCUUAGUUGGCAAAUUUGACAAUAACAUGAUGGUCUCGGCGCAAUACGCGCAUUUGAAAAGCUUCCGUUGUGACUACCACAUGCCUCGGUUCACUUUCACCGAGCCCUCAGGGUCAAGUUUCUUCUUCGACCCGCCAACGAAUGAGACCGUCACAUCUCAGCCUUUAUUGGCGGACCCGUACGACGCUGAAUUGGUUGAAGUGCGUGAAUCCAAGGUCCCUGGUGCUGGUGAGGGGGUUUAUGCCCUGAAAGAUAUUCAACCACAACAGUUAUUCGCCAUGUACGCUGGGAUUCAAGUCGACGACGAACAAACGAAAAUUUUGCAUGAAAACUAUUGCAACGCCAAUUUGAAUGGGAGCUAUCCGUGCGACAAAUACUCUAUAGCCACCUAUAUGGGUGCCAACAUUUACCUUCCCACCCCUUGGCAUCAACGUGAUCACAACUGUGCCACAUCAGCUGCCAAGAUUAAUAAUGAUUUUGAACCAAACGUGACCUCGAGGUUCGUCGACAUCGAACAUCCGCGGUUUGGACUGAUUAUGGGAACGGAAUGUACGAAACCUAUCAAAGCUGGUGAAGAGAUUCUGAUCGAUUAUGGCUACAAGCACAAAAACAAAGACCUCGAAGAGUCCAUCAAAAUCAAAGGCAACCAUCAAUGGUAUUUUAUUCAAAAGAAGGCACAUCUGGAGAGAUUGGAAAAGCUAAAAAAACAUGACCAAGCUAUCCCUUCUUCAACCGAGAAUCCAACUCUCGAUCAAGCGAAGCAAUCCAGACAAGAACUCUAAACCUGUGAUAGGAAAAACCAUCGUAAGCCAAAGUAACGCUCAAACUUAAUUUUGACGAAUACUGGCAUGAAGAUCCAAAAGAUUCCUGAUAAAGCACCAACACUGCAAACAAAAUUCGUCGAAAUUAACUAAUUUUUAACGAUUAUUACCCAUUUACGGAUGAGCUUGGUCUUUUCGACAGGACAGUCUUGGAGGGUUUUCUGUUCCACUACUUCAUUUCUUGGCCUGGCCAGAACUGGAAUAAAGAAUGAUUUUAAAGA